GGCGGGGCCGCGGCGGCGGAGGGCGCGGGGCGCGCGCGCGUGGUGGGAGAGGGGCGCCCCCUGGCGGAGAGCGCUGAGGGAAGGAGGCUGUGAGGGGGCGCGCCUGUGACACUGCCAUGGGCUCUGUGCGUUCCCUGUCUGCCGUCAGCGCUGCCCCGAGCCGGAGGAAGGCCAAGGAUGAGGAGGAUGAGGAUUUAUUGGCCAGCCAGGGGCCCCUGGAGGACAAGGCCAAGAUUCCCUACAUGGAAUUCACAGGCCAGGAGAGCGUUACCUGUCCCACCUGCCAAGGCACCGGCUGCAUCCCCACAGAGCAGGUGAAUGAGUUGGUGGCCCUGAUCCCCUACAGUGACCAACGGCUUCGUCCUCAGAGAACGAAACUUUAUGUGUUGCUCUCAGUGCUGCUCUGCCUGCUGCUGUCCGGCCUGGGGAUUUUUUUCCUGUUCCCCCACUCCGUGCUGGUGGAUGAUGAUGGCAUCAAAGUGGUCCAGGUGUGGUUUGACAGGAAAAACUCCGCUGUCCUCUUGGCCAUCACGGCCACGCUGAGGAUCAGGAAUUCCAACUUCUACUCGGUGGCAGUGAGCAGCCUGAGCAGCCAGGUGCAGUACAUGAACACCGUGGUGGGCAGCCAGCAGCUCACCAACGUCUCCAGCAUCCAGCCCCUGAGGGAUAAACUGGUGAAUUUCACUGUGAAGGCAGAGCUGGGUGGAUCCCUGUCCUAUGUAUAUUUUUUCUGCACUUUGCCCAAGGUGAAGGUCCACAACAUCGUGAUCCUCAUGAGGACCUCGGUGAAGCUCUCCUACAUCGGCCACAGCACCCAGAGUUCCCUGGAGACCUUCCACUACCUGGACUGCAGCUCCAACUCCACGGCCCCACUGCCUGCCCUGGCCCGGGGGGCACCCUGAGCACCCCGGGGGGCACCCUGAGCACCCCGGGGGGCACCCUGAGCACCCCGGGGGCCACCCUGAGCACCCCGGG